UCCACUGCUCCGCCGUCUGCAAGUGCUGACAGAUCAAGGCAACAAUUUUAAAUAGUCGAUCUCUUCUUUUCACCCACAGACUGCUAGCAAUCCAUGCCAGUCUUCGGUGACUAAUAGCUAGCAAAGUGGGGUCUCUCAACAGGAGAAGUGAAGGAUAAACAACGGCCGCAGAUGCAAUUUGGGAGAAGUUCUAAAACCUGACGCCUUCCUGCAUUUUCUGGAUUGUGGUAUGGCAGAAAAAAGACGAUCGCCGUGCACGAUGAGUUUGAAGGCUCAUGCGUUUUCUGUGGAGGCCCUUAUUGGAGCGGAAAAGAAAAGAAAGUUGGAAGAAGAUAGCGAAAGUCUUGAAGAGACGAGCGACGGGUCGAAUCCAAAUGCGAGCCCACAGCACGGAGCACACAGGACGUGCGCCAGCGACCGAAGCUGUGAGAUAGAGUGUCCGAGUGAGGGGUCCCCAGACUGCGGCGAGGUAUUGCUGGAAAGUCCCCGGCCCACGUCCCAAACCACCGUUUCCAUCGCUGCUGCGCAGGCGGGCUCGGGGCCUGCAGAAGAGAUGCGCGUGGAUCUGCAGGGAUCAGACCUAUGGAAGCGCUUCCAUGAGAUUGGGACGGAGAUGAUCAUCACCAAAGCUGGAAGGCGGAUGUUUCCGGCCAUGCGCGUUAAGGUUUCCGGCUUAGACCCUCACCAGCAGUACUACAUCGCCAUGGACAUCAUUCCCGUGGAUAACAAACGUUACAGGUACGUGUACCACAGCUCGAAGUGGAUGGUGGCCGGGAAUGCGGACUCGCCGGUACCUCCGAGGGUGUACAUACAUCCGGAUUCGCCAGCCUCCGGGGAGACAUGGAUGCGACAGGUCGUGAGCUUCGACAAGCUGAAACUCACCAACAACGAGCUAGACGAUCAGGGACACAUAAUACUCCAUUCCAUGCACAAGUACCAGCCCAGGGUCCAUGUGAUCCGGAAGGAGUGCGGGGAGGAGCUGUCGCCUGUGAAGGGCAUCCCGGCUGGAGAUGGGGUUAAGGCCUUUUCUUUCACUGAGACCGUCUUCACCACCGUCACAGCCUACCAGAACCAGCAGAUUACAAGAUUAAAAAUAGACCGGAAUCCAUUUGCCAAAGGCUUUCGGGAUUCAGGAAGGAACAGGAUGGGGCUGGAGGCUCUGGUGGAGUCAUACGCAUUCUGGAGACCCUCCCUCCGAACAUUGACCUUUGAGGAUAUCCCUGGAAUGGCAAAGCAAGGAGGCCCGGGGUCACAUGGCCUUCUGGCGACCAAUGGGAAUGGGGCGUCACCUGCUCACGCCCACCUGCUCUCCUCAUCCUCGUGCUCAGCUCCGGCCUUCCACCUGGGGGCAGGCAUGAGCCCUGGGGAGUACACGGCUUGCAGCCGCUCGGGCCUGGCCCUCAACCGCUACAGCAACCCACUGGCGGAGACAUACGGACGACUGGCCAGCCCCGCCGGCGAGGCCUUCUCCACCCCCCGCGCGGCCUCCUAUGUUGGGGUGAGCGGCGCCAACAUGACAAUGUCCACCGGCGACACUGACGGCUUCGGCUGUGGACAGACCAGCUUGCCCAUCCAGAUCCCAGGCAUGCCGUCUCCCCAGCUCCAGUACAUCAUGCCCACCCCCUCAGGAAACGCCUUUUCAGCAAAUCAGAGCCACCAGGGAACCUACAACAGCUUCAGACUCCACAGCCCCUAUGGCUUGUACGGAUAUAACUUCCCCACGUCCCCACGCCUGGCAGCCAGCCCAGAGAAGAUCUCCUCCCAGGGUACCUUCCUCGGCUCCGCCCCCAGUGGCACCAUGACGGACAGGCAGAUGUUGUCACCCAUGGAAGGGCUGCACAUGCUCAGUAGCGGCCAGCAGAACCUGUUCGACUCUCGGACUUUGGGCCUGGGGGGCCUGACGAGCAGCUCUUCUCAGGUGUCGGCACACAUGGUCUGACCUCAGCGUCCCUGCAACAGCCCCCAUACUCCGGGGUGGGGUGAGGGGGGUGGCAUCCAAGGACCAGGGCCAUGACUUUUUGAGUUCUGGCUUGAGCCCGUGGAUGGGUAGCGGCCCACAGGAGGCCUGAGAGCGGCCCGUUCACGGCUCUGCGUGGGACAACUGGCCACCGGUCCUUCUCUCUUAUAUUCCCAGCUGUGGGUGGGACCGAUCUGACGGCUAUUCACAAAAAAGAUUUCCUAUGGCUAAAAUGGUUCGAGUGUCACAUGAGACCCCUCUGUACCAGCACCAUAAGUUUCCGUGGUGACGGACAAGCUGCAUUUCCGCACAUGCAAGCUCUGCUGCAAAGGCCCAACGUGCGACAGAGCCGUGUAGAGACAUCGUGCUGGUAGACUGACACCCCAACAUCGCAUAGAGGAAGCACUUGGCUAAAUGGUGAUCAAACGGCCGACUCGCCGGGCAGACGUAAGCCCAACGGCGCCGCAGGGCAAUAAAUAAACUGCGUUAAGAGGCACGUUUUUGGAAUCGCGAGGAAAAAUCCCCCAGAUGUCACACAGCUGUUUGGUGGGUUUCGCAGUUUUUAUUUGCUGAAAUGAUAUCGGUGGGACUGACGGAGAAAACAACUGACGUAUAAUUUAAGCAUUAGCAUGCAUGUUUUUUUUUAAUCCUUCUUGUGUUUUUUGCGACGAUGCGAACAGAAACCGAACCGCGCUGCCUGCGGGACGGGAAAUAAAAACGCCUGCAGCAGCUGCCACCUGUGCACUUUCAAUGAAUGAGAGGUCGGCCUGUAAGGGGCGGGGGGUGGCUUCCAUUCUGCCCCCCCCC